AUGGAUUUGGACAGCGGAGCCAGGAAGUUUCACGAGGAGGACUUGCAAAUGGGUAUGGACAAGAAAGCCGCAGAUCGAGGGCGUGGCUACGACAAGGAGAGCUUCUCCAGAGCCGCAGAUCGAAAGCGUGGAUACGACAAGGAGAGCUCCUUCGGAGGUGAGCGCCAUUGA